AUGGCUCAAGAUGAAAGCUUAUUUGUCUCUAUGGACAAAUCAGUAAAAGCUACUGUGAAGAUGGAAAAUGGAGAGAAUGGUUCAUGCUGUUGGCAAGGAUCAGAAUUUACUGAGUGUUGCUCAAAUGAUAAAAAAAAAAAGGAUAUUCCUUGUCUUUCAAAGACUCUUCAUGCCAUAUUUAUGACAAAUAAUUCUAAUGUUGUGGAGGUUAGAAUAAUUGGUAAUAGCUUUCCUCUAAUGUCUUGUGAUGCUGCUGAAUCUGCAUGUAAAGUUAUUGUAGAUGAGUCUUGGUUGUGGCAUAAAAGAUAUGGGCACUAUAACUUGAAUUCUUUAAAGUUUAUGCAAUCUCAUGAUAUGAUUAUAGACAUGUCUGUUGUUUCUAUUUGUGAUGGGGUGUGUUCUAAUUAUCAAUUUGGUAAAUGGCAUGAACACUCAUUUCCUAAGGAUCAAGUUAGGAGGGCUAUUGAAAAAUUGGAGAUUGUAUAUACUAAUAUGUGUGGACCUAUGAGUGUGCCAUCCUUGAGCCAAAAUAAGUAUUUUAUCUUGUUUAUAAAUGACUUGACUAGAAUGACUUGGGUGUAUUUUCUGAGUAGUAAGAGUCAAGUUUUCAAUGUGUUUAAGAAAUUCAAAACUUUAAUUGAAAAGCAGAGUGGUUGUGUCCUUAAGACUUUGAGGUCUGAUAAUGGUAAAGAGUAUACCUCAAAGGAAUUUGACAAAUUCUAUGAAGACGCUAGUAUUCAGCAUCAACUUUCAGUCCCAUUUCCUACUAGAGCAGUGGAAGGGAAAACUCCAACUGAAGCAUGGUUUGGGUCAAAGCCUUCUGCAAGCCAAUUAAAGGUCUUUAGAUCAGUUUGCUACAUGCUUGUUCCUGAUGUCAAAAGGAUAAAGCUGGAUAAUAAAGCUGAUUUGGGUAUUUUUCUAGGCUAUGAAACUUCAUCAAAAGGCUAUAAGAUCUACAAUGUAAAAACCAAGAAAGUGGUUAUUAGUAGAGAUGUGAAGUUUGAUGAAGGAGUUUACUGGGACUUUGAAAAAGAGCAGAUUGUUAGAGCAGCAAAAUCUCUGCAGCCAAAAGAGUAUAAUUUCGAUAAUGAAGAACAUGUUUCUAAAUUCAAGUCUCUUUCUAAGAUUUAUGAAAGGUGCAAUAUGGUUGUGGCAGAACCAAGCUGCUAUGAAGAAGCUUCUCAAGUUAAAGAAUGGCAACAUGCCAUGAAAGAAGAAAUUGCAGAAAUUGAGAAGAAUGGAACCUGGGAAUUGACUUCCAAACCAAAAGGGUUGGAUUAUGGAGAUACUUUUGCUCUAGUUGCUAGGCAUAACACUAUCAGAUUGCUGUUGUCUUUAGCAGCCCAAAAUGGAUGGCAAAUGUUUCACCUGGAUGUCAAAUCUGCAUUACUGAAUGGUUUGUUGAAUGAGGAGAUUUAUGUGCGAUUCAGGAGGAGUGAAAAUGAGCCAACCUUGUAUGUGAAUAUUGUUGGAGAUGAAUCUCAGCUGAUUGUGUCACUUUAUACUGAUGAUAUAUUAGUGACCGGUGGAAAUUCUCAGUUAUUAGAUGAUUUUAAGCUGAAAAUGCAAUCUGAAUUUGAAAUGUCAGAUUUGGGAGUCAUGAGCUAUUUUCUUGGGCUGGAAAUUAAGCAAGAUGCUGAUUGUCUCUCUUAUCCUCUGCUUCUUCUAAUAUUGAUGUUUCUAUUGAUCUUGGUACUUGGCGGCUUAUGGGAUUCUAUGGUGGCAGAAUGUGCUGCACCAGCAACUCCAUCAUGCUCUCCAUGUGGGCCAUUCUGGCCUCAAAUCUGUCCAGACGAUUUGAUUCUGCUUGCUGAGUCGCUGGAGGUUGCUAGUAUGGCUGCUGCACUGGCGGUUGGCCUACUGGGCUUGGAGGGUCCGCUUACUGGGUUUCUGCCAGGCUGCUUGCUGGUUGCUGUUCAACAAGAACUUUUUGAGAAGAAGAAGAAUUGUCAUGGAAAGGGCAGAAUAGAAUAUUGA